AUGGGGUGUCUACACUUAUGUUUUGGGGAAGCUGAACCAACCUUGGAGGGUUACACUGAUAUAGACAUGGCUAGUGAUGUUGAUGGAAGAAAGUCCACAUCAGCAAGGCUUCACGGCAGCAGAUUAGGGUUUACGAAAUCAAAGAGUGAAAGGGGAUUUGGCUGGGCAAGGGAAGUUGAGAAAAUAGGGCAAUGCAUUUUGCACAGCAAAGAUUUUUUAGGAAUGAGAAUAUGUAGUGGAUGGCGUCAACUCCUCUUGUUGCUGGCUCUCAUUUACUUUCUUUCCCAUUUAUUCUCUGGAGUUUUAGAAUUGCAGCAAAGCUCAACCGUGGAAGAUAUACAUAAAAAGCACAGCAAGAAAUUUGACCAUCUGGUUCUUGGGCCAGCUUCUGGUCAGGGUUUGCGCGAUCGGUUGCAGUGCCAAGGAGUCAAAGCUCUUAAUAAGACCCAUUUUUCGACCUCCUCCCGCAUCUCCUAUUCUGCAGAAAGCAUUUCUUUUGUCACUGUCUUUGCUGUUUAUAACUCCUCUCUCAACAUGCAUGUGGAUGGUAGAUCAUCAACUUUGGUUGCUGUGGGGAAUGCUUCUUAUAAUAAGGUGGAGAGGUCAAUGGCUGUUUUGAAUGUCUUCAUUAACUACAUCCAGGUGACAAUGCCCCAGAGCGCUGUAAUCAUUCUAACUGAUCCAGCAUCUGAGGUUUCAGUGCACAGAAAUAGGGUUAGUUUAUAUCCCAUUAAAGGUGAAUAUUCACGAGACAAGUUGAUGCUUCAAAGAAUCAAGUCUUACAUUGCCUUUCUGGAAGCAAGACUUGAGGAGCUUUCUAAGAGUCAGGGGCAUGCUAAUCAUUACAUCUUCACAGACUCAGACAUUGCUGUGGUUGACGAUCUAGGACAGAUUUUUCACGACUACCCCAAUUUUCAUGUAGCUCUUACCUUCCGGAAUAACAAAGACCAACCCUUGAAUUCAGGAUUUAUAGCUGUAAGGGGCACUGCUGAUGGUAUUCUAAGGGCAAAGAUUUUCCUACAGAAAGUGUUGAAAGUUUACAGCUCCAAAUACAUGAAUGCCUCCCGAAUGCUAGGAGAUCAGUUAGCUCUUGCCUGGAUUGUAAAAUCUCAUCCUUCUUUUGAUGCAAGAAGGUUCGUUAGACCACAGGCUUUUGUAGAAGAAAUUGAUGGUGCUUCUGUCCUAUUUUUACCCUGUGCUAUUUACAAUUGGACGCCACCUGAGGGUGCAGGUCAAUUUCAUGGCAUGCCUCUCGAUGUUAAGGUUGUUCAUUUCAAGGGGUCGAGAAAACGCUUAAUGCUCGAGUCUUGGAACUUUUUCAGUUCUUCAUUUGACAUUCCAGAUACUUUGUGCCUUAUCUUGAAGAGCGGGAGAAUGAAGUAUGAUUUUUGAAUGACUACAUUUUGUUUUGGCUGAGCACUUCAAUAAUCUUUUAAUUGUGUAGGAGCAGCCAAUUUCAUUUGGCAAGGAAUUGCCACAUUUCUCCGUUAUUCCGUUAUAUUGGACUCUGGAUUUUCUGUCUCUGGCACUUGCUAGAUAAUCCUUGGCUUGCUUGGUGGUUAUGAAAUUGGUGUUGCUACAGCCUGCGAAGUGGAAAAAGACAAAAUAAUGCAUAGGCUGAACUUUGAAAAUGGAUUUGAUUGAUUCAUUCAAAUCCAUAUAUAUAUGUUGAUUUGUUCAUUCA